AUGGAACAAAAGGCUCUUGAAGCUCAAAAGUCAUCCACUUUCCCAUUGCCACCUAUAAAUGAUCAGACUGGGAUGCAGAGAUUUUUUCUUCAACAAAUACAACAAGGAGAAACUGCCCUGAGCAUGGGCUCUUUAGAUGAGGGUGUCAACCAUUUUGCUAUUGCCGUUGCUGUUUGUGGUCAACCCAAUCAGUUACUACAAGUGCUCCAACAGUCACUUAGCCCAACUGUGUUUCUAAGACUUAUUGAGGUCCUUCCUUCGGUGCAAUCUAAAUACAAGACAAUGAUCGCUAGUCGUACAUCAUCAGCACGAGAAAUCGAAGAAGAUCUGGAAUAG